AUGGCAAAGCAGAAUUCUUCCUCAUCAACCUCUUCUGAACAAACACAAAACGUCGUCAGCCAAAUUGGUGAAUAUCUUUUGCAAGCUGCUCAAGAUUGGGCACAAAUGACAGACGCCUUGAUUGAAAGUCGUGAGGUUCAACAAGCUGUCGAAGACGCCCACGAACAAGCCCUGUCUGCCAACCAUUUAUCCGACUUGUCUACUGUUGUUUCUAUGGAUAUAGAUAUAUCCAAACUUUGCAAAAUUCGUGACCUAACAGCACAAUUCUCUCAAGAUGUUCACCAAGUCUGGCAAAAAGAUCCCACGUACAACGGAAACGCAUCAUAA